AUAUAAUUCUAGUUUUUUCUAUAUUUUACAGAAAUAGAUACUGAAGCACCCAACCUCGAAUUUUUUGGCUUCUGACUCUCCAGAAUCAUCUAUCUCCGUGCGAGUGUCUUAUGGUGGUUUCUUAAAGAAAAGGUUGGGAUAAAGCCUUUUCAUUCAGAUGGAUAAGUAAUCUUCUUUCGAUGAUGAAAUGAGGCAACACCCUCCCUGUUUCCCGGUAGAACCAUAUUUCACCCAAAUUUUUUCAGAUACGGAAAAGGAGCAGUCUACUUGAAGUCAAUAUAAGAAAGGGCAUUUCAGGUUCGUCGGGGUGCUGGUUUUGGAUGCUACUUCAACUUCUGCAAGCUUGGGGUCAUCACUUAUUUUCGUAAAGUUAUAUUUGCUGAAGAAUUUUAUUUUUGACUCUCUCUGUAAUCAUUAUCUGCAAUUAUUGAGGAUACUUAAAAGGAGAAGGAGGUUUGAGGGAUUUAAGUAGGUUGGUGCUAGUGAUCAUCGGAUCAUGGAUACUGUUUGUUGCUGUUUGAGGGGUGGAUUUGAAGAUUUUGUUCAUUCGAACAGCUCAAUCUGUGCGAACUUUAUUUGCAUUCGUUGCUUCGUUCAGAAUUUCUUACAUUUGGUAUGCUUUAAAUUAUUUACUGUCUAUUUAAGUUUUUUGAUUGAAUUUGAUAAAUUCAGUUUUGAGCUGUGGGAACCUCCAGUGCCAAAGUCACUGAAUGGGGAAGAAGAACAGGAAAUCGCUUUGUCCACUCAGGGUACAUCUUUAAGUUCUGCAGCAUCACUUGAUAAUUCUCUAGUAGACAUGUACCAUGCUCCUCCAAGACCUCUGCCUUACGAUGCAGAUCCAAGAUAUCUUCACUUGCAGCGGGAUGGAAUGAUCUCUGGACGUGAGAAAGGCUCCAGUCAGUCACGUGAGGAAACUGAACCACUGAGGAGAAGUGAAAUCGAUGAAGAUUCAGAAUCUUUGAGCAGCACAAACAAAUUGAAAGAGUUUACAUGUGAAGUAGGACCAAAAGAAUGCGAUUUGAAAUCAAAACGAAGAAUCUCAAUAACUAAAACAACGAGAGGAUUUGCUCAUAUUAACACUUCUUCAGAGGAUGAAGAUGUCUGUCCCACAUGUCUUGAAGAGUAUAGUACAGAAAAUCCAAAGAUAAUUACGGAAUGCUCUCACCAUUUCCAUCUUGGUUGUAUAUAUGAGUGGAUGGAAAGAAGUGAUAACUGUCCAGUUUGUGGCAAGGUGAUGGCAUUCAAUGAGACGACAUGAUAUUUCUGAGAAGUAUAAUCGUGGAUGAAACCAACAUCAAACAGAAAGGGAAACAAAGAACACGAAUCAAACACGUAAAGUAAAUGUGAAUAUUGUAUUCCAAUAUCUUAUAUUAUGACAUCACUCGAGCAUAGUGUUGUCCCAGUAAUCAGUACAUUAUAAUUUCUUUCGACGACUUGCUUUUUCUGUAUACUAUUUUUCACACCGAGAAAUUUUGCUCACACCUCUUGAUGAGGUGCUAUCUUGUAUAUACCUUUUCAUUCUUCCACCAGUGAAUUUUCUUUUACGAUAAGAUGAAUUCACAGUAUGUUGAUUGUUUGACUGAUUUUAUACCGGAAGGUGAAUAUAUUGGGCAUUGUAGUUAAAUUU